UUGGAAGUGGCAUACAACAUUCAAAGUCCAGCCACACAACAGCUCGGGUAAUUUUUCACAAAAAUUAGUUUCUAAAACAAAAAAAAACCAGAAAAAAUCACAGGGAAACUACGGUGUCAAAAAGAAUUCAAUUCGAUUUAGUUGGGCUAGCAAAAUACACUCUCUUACCCGUCCGGUCGUUUCGCAUUACCACGAUGGGAGUGAUCAAUAGUAAACUGAGAGUGACUCCUCCAGCCGAGCAGGCCAAGGAGGAAGUAGACGCCAAUACCAUGGAUGCAGUGAUAUCUAAGGCCAUCGGUGCUUCCGUACGCAAGUCCAGUCGUAUUCCUGUGUUGAGUGCCAGCUAUAGCUACACCUAUGCGAAGCCACGCAAGUAUAAGAGGACACCCUUGAAGAAAGAGGCCUCGACUGAGAACUGCAGCAAGGACAACAUCGGCCUCAGUUCCGGCCCACUCGCCUAUGAUUCUGGCCUUGGCUUGAAUAAAUCAACGGAAAACAGUGUGCUCUCGUUGGUUCGCUGAUCAUCUAAAGCUAAAAAUUGUGUUGCAGAAUUUACAGACUUUUCCGCCAUCAAUUUUAACAAAAUAAACUACGUAAAAUCUAUGUAAAACC